AUGUAUAAACUAGGAUUACGCAAAGCAAUUUGUGAUUCUUUAAAAGCUAACUUCAACAUUAUAACACCAACAAGAUGUCAAAAUUUAAUCAUUCCAAAAAUUUCUCGAGGUCAUGAUUUAUUUGUUAAAGAUUCUACUGGAUCUGGUAAAACUUUUGGAAUUGUUUUAGCUUUACUUAACAAAAACAGAUCUUUUCAUAUCAAUAACAAAGAAAAUCAUGUAAUACAAACACCAUUAAUAACCAGUAUUUUUAUGGUACCAAGUCGUGAAUUAGCAUAUCAAAUUGAAUCUUGGAUUUAUCAAUUGUUAGGUCAUGAAAAUCUUCCAAUGAAUUUAAUUGUUCAAACUGUUGUUAAAUCAACUGAUGCUGAAGAAGAAAUUGCUCAAUUAAAGCUUUUGAAAGAAAAAAAACCUCAUAUUCUUGUAUGUACAGCAACUAGAUUACAUGAUAUUAUGAAUAUGGAAGAUUACUUGAUAGAUUUUCAAGGUGUAAAAACUAUCGUGCUAGAUGAAGCUGAUCACUUGAUUAGAUUGCCCGGAAAACAUGCACCAAUAAAAAAAAUUCGAUCCAGAAUAAAUCAUCCCAAACCAGCUGAAUUAAUAAUGAAAAAACUUUUUUCAUUACUGGACAAUGAGGUUUCUUCUGAAAAUAAGCCACAGGUGAUCGUGUCAUCUGCUACCAUUAAUCAUGCACUCAAACAUUAUUUCACAGAAAAUAAAUAUGUUACUAAACCUGAAGAUAUUAACAUAAAUCAAACUAACACAUUUACGCCAACAGUUUCACAUCAUUGCCUAGUUAUUAAUUCAAAACAAAUUAAAAAUUUAAUGUCUUAUAAUUACCAAAUAAAUAGAUAUAAUAAUAAUGGCUAUAAUAUUUCAGAAAGAAUUCAAUCAUUUGAUGAUGACGAUGAUUUAAUGUUGGAUAGCGUUGCUGGUGUUUUUGAAUCGGAUAAUGUUAAAGCUGAUGGCAAAGAUACUAAGUUUAUUAAAGAUAUUGGAAUGGAAAAAUCAUCGCCAUUUUUACCAGGUUUAAAAAGUGAACAAGAACGUCAAAUUUUAUAUGUUGCACCAGAAUAUUUAGCAAGAGGUAUUGAUAUUCCAUGGCUAUCACACGUUUUCAUCUUGGGAUUACCUUCAUCAGCAAGUGAAUAUUUACACAUGUCAGGUAGAACUGGCAGAAUGGGUCGUAAUGGUAAAGUAUUUUCUUUCAUAAGAGAAGGCAAAGAGAAUAGCAUGUCUAAAUUAUUUAAUUUGAUUAAAGUGCCUAUAAUUCCUUAUGGGCUUAUUGAAUGA